UGGGAGUGCAUGCCGAGGUUGUGCGUUAGCAGGUGACGUUAGCUGAUGUAAAGGGGAAAGGAAAGGACAGCGGGCCGAGCGCAGGGUCAGUUUUUUCAGGCAGUCGGAGAACAGCGCUGAAUAAUGUUCCUUUUAAACGCGUCUUUUCAGCCUCAGGUUACUGUGCCAUUGACCCACAUUAUCAAUGCACUGCACUCCUUGAAAAAUUCAGCCAACUCUGUGGCUACUGCUUCAGUUCAGAGUCUACAGAGAGAUGUUUCGCCAGAUCCCGGCCUGCUUCUCAACAAGACUGAAGGACAGCCUAUACUAAACCUUAAGGACCUGGGCCUAUCCGAACUGAGACUGAGUGGAGCAAAUGAGCUGUUGAGCAGGUUGCUCCCCUCCCUCUCUCCUGAGGACACUUCACAACCUGCCGUGUGCCAUGCCUCCUCAAGAUGGAGAACUUCUCAUGUUUCUACAGAUUCCUUCUUUCACAACAAACAUGGCUCCUCCCACAGAAGACCUGGACUCUUCAGUUCUUCAGUGUUUUACAGACCAAAUUCCAGUCCUCUUCAAGAUGUUUCCUCAGAUCUUCAGUGGUUACAAGUGUGUGUCCAAAAAAGAGGUUUUAAGACUUUAAGGUCCAAGACUAGACGACUGCAGUCUAGCUAUGACAGUCCUGCAGAACCAGAAGGCUACACUCCAGCUUUUAUGAAGGGUCUCCUCAUGAGGGAAAAAAAUGAAGCUGAAAGCCUUGACCAAUUAACGAGACAGAAAAAUCUUCCUGAGAAUCAACAAGACGCCUUUAAGACUGGUUUCACUGAAGGCUUUAUGAAAUCUCAAGCCUUAAUGCAGAGGACACAAGACUCACUAAAGAGGACCCGUCUGGUUUUGCUUGUCCUACUGCUUAUUGGCCUCUAUGGUUUGUCAAGAACCCCAUUUCUCUCGGGUAAAGGCUCCUUUUCUGAUACUGUGCGCUUCCGUACCACUUCUGGCUUGGAUUCUGCACUUGAUCCUGUCCAAAUGAAGAAUGUCACCUUCGAGCAUGUUAAAGGUGUGGAGGAGGCAAAGAAUGAGCUUCAGGACAUUGUUGAGUUCUUGAAGUAUCCGCAGAAAUUCACUUCACUUGGUGGAAAACUGCCAAAAGGUGUCCUCCUGGUGGGACCCCCUGGUACUGGAAAGACCCUGCUUGCCAGAGCAGUGGCAGGAGAGGCAGAUGUGCCGUUUUACUAUGCAUCAGGAUCAGAGUUUGAUGAGAUGUUUGUGGGUGUGGGAGCAAGUCGCAUCAGGAACCUUUUCAAGGAGGCAAAAGCUAGUGCCCCCUGUGUGAUCUUCAUCGAUGAGCUGGACAGUGUAGGUGGAAAAAGAAUAGAGUCCCCCAUGCACCCAUAUUCACGACAGACCAUUAACCAGCUACUUGCAGAAAUGGAUGGGUUUAAACCGAAUGAAGGGGUCAUAGUCAUUGGGGCAACAAACUUUGCUGAAGCUUUGGACAAUGCUUUAGUCAGACCAGGGAGGUUUGACAUGCAAGUCACGGUACCCAGACCCGAUGUCAAAGGGCGUACAGAGAUCCUCAACUGGUACUUAAAGAAAAUCGUAGUGGAUCCUGAUGUGGAUGCAGAAAUCAUCGCCAGGGGAACAGUGGGCUUCUCUGGAGCAGAGCUGGAGAACUUGGUGAACCAGGCUGCGCUGAAGGCUGCUGUAGAUGGAAAGGAGACUGUGACGAUGAAAGAGCUGGAGUUUGCUAAAGACAAGAUCCUUAUGGGCCCAGAGCGCAGGAGUGUGGAGAUAGACAGGAAAAACAAGACGAUCACAGCUUACCAUGAAUCUGGUCAUGCCAUUGUGGCCUAUUAUACCAAAGACGCAAUGCCCAUCAACAAAGCCACCAUCAUGCCUCGGGGGCCCACCCUUGGUCAUGUGUCCCUGCUGCCUGAAAAUGACCAGUGGAGUGAGACACGUGCUCAGCUGUUGGCUCAGAUGGAUGUCAGUAUGGGUGGCAGGGUUGCAGAGGAGCUCAUCUUUGGGGGUGAAAACAUCACUACUGGAGCAUCAAGUGAUUUCGAUGGAGCCACUAAGAUUGCAAAGAUGAUGGUUACACGAUUUGGAAUGAGUGACAAGCUGGGAGUCAUGACCUACUCUGACCUGUCCAAACAUAGCCCGGAGACACAAGCUGCUGUUGAGCAGGAAGUCAGAGUUCUCCUACAGGACUCCUAUGAGCGUGCUAAGAAAAUCCUCAAGACAUACAGCAAAGAACACAAGAUCCUGGCAGAUGCUCUCCUUACUUAUGAGACUCUAGAUGCUAAGGAAAUUCAGAUGGUCCUGGAGGGCAAAUCUCUGGACCCAAGAUGAUGUUAAUAGGGGAUUCAAAAAGACCAGACUAACCUUAUUCAUUUAAGCAUAAACAGUGGAAUGAGUGAAGCGUUUGAAACUAUUUUCAGUUUUUCCUCUGUCAAUCAACUGAUACAAAUGUACUGAAAUGUUACUUUUUCUAAAAUUCCACAUUAUCUAUCUCUGAAAAAGUGAUUCUGGAAGUUCUUUAGGCUUCUCAGGUUUUUGCGAACAAGUUAAAAUAUCUUAUUGCACAACAAACUGGUCCACAUGGAACACAGUGGAAUGCUGCCACUCUAUAUUUGCAUACUGGUAAGUGCUGAGGAUUUCUAAGGACCCUGUAUGCAACAAACAUGCUUGUAGCUCUCGGAAUGUUUAGUAAGGCACAUAACAGAGAGCAACAACCCCAUUGCCAUGAAUUAUUUGGGUGAUGCAUAAAAUAACUGUUUCACAGUAAAACUCAAUUAGUAUAUGUUUUACAUAUCCUAGACUUUACUAAGCUAAUCUUUUGUCACCAUCUAAAUCUGUACAGCAAGCUUUUGUGGAAGAACCCUUGUUUCUGAUGAAAUAUUUUUCAGUUAUUCUAAGUAAGUAGUCUCCAGAUAGCACUUUAUCAUGACAAUAUAUUCUUUUGAAACAGUGCGCAUGGUGUUUUGUUUGAGACACAACCUUUGAUAGUGAUAUCAUCAUCCUUGACAUGAAGCCUGGAUGGUUUGAGCCAAUUAUCUGAUUUUAUAUAAUUGGAGAAAAGCCCUUUUAAUGCAGUGCUGUACAGCCUCAAUUAGGAGAGGAAUGUAACAUCUGAAUUUCAGUAUUACUGUAAUGUCAAUUACAAGGGCUAGGUCUUGUUGCUAUUAAGAUUCAUAUUCUUCAUAGCUUCAUAUUUAUGAAAUUUCACACAUUUGAGCGAAUUGACAAACAUACUAGAGUAUUUUUAGAGAUUUUUUUUUCCAUUGCUCAAAAGAAAUGAUGGGUGAAAGUAGCUACCAUAGCUCACUGUUGCAGGUUUUUUUUUCUCCACAUCAGCUGGAAUGUUUUCUAAGGUGUUUGCAUACACCUGUGAUUUAUGUAGUGAUUUAUUUAUUUAUUUGUCUAGUAUUUGUCAAGAUGCUGGUGAAAUAUCUGUUUAAUAUCUUAUCUUAUCUGUGCCCAUUUGCUAUGGACAGUCUGUGAGUGACAACAAAAGUACAGCAGCAACAAUGUAUAUAAUUGUGUGUGUAUUUUUUUUUUUCUUUUUUUAUUAUUAUUUUCUUUUUCUUUUUUGGGUGGAUGGCGGGUUGUUCUUUUCUAAGAAUGACUCCCCAGAGAGCCCAGUUAAAAUAGACAACAAACCAAUAAAGUGUACUGAAAAUAAGAAAAUGUAUAUAUUUUUUCCAUUAUUAAAAGAAGUUGGUGAUUUGUCA